GUACCACCAGUUUAUUUCUUCAGUUGUUCUUUGAUUUGAAUCUUAAAGAAAUUUGUACAUUCAAUAUGAAUUUUGCCAAGUAUUUUGUGGUCAUUUUUGCUAUUGUGCUCGUUGUCUUCACAGGAAAAUCAGAAGCAGAUUUUUGGAAAAAACUUGGAAAGAGUAUUGAAGGAGCUGGCCAACGCACUCGAGAUGCAACAUUCCAGGGACUUCAACUGGCGCAAGCUGCAGCUAAUGUAGCCGCAACAGCUAGACAGGGAUAAUGUUAAUGUUUUUGUCAAGUUUCUAUAAUUUUAAUAAUGUCGUUCACAUUUUGUAACCAUAGUUCAUUUAAUCUGCCUUUAUUUUUAUAUUAUUUAUUACAAAUUAAAAGCUUUUCGGUCAUAA